CGGGAGGCUCUGGGUCAGCCGGUCGCUUGUCCUCAAGCGCCCCGAGGGUGAAGAGGCGCUUCCCUUCUCCCGACUCUUCCUCUCCGGCGCUAAGUGCUCUCUGCCCUGCGGUCUGUUUCUCUUCCUAGUCGCCUCCUCGCCUGUCUUUGGGGCUCGCGGAGACCCUCCCCAGGCCGAGGCCGGGCCGCGACUCGCUCCUCCCUCCCCUCCCCCGCCGGGUCCCUCGGGGACUCCGGCGACCCGCGCCCGCUGUGUCCCUUCUGUACCUGCCCUCGUCCUCCGACCCUCGCGCUCACACUCCUCCCACUUUAUUUUUCCUUACAGGAUGGACGCUUCCUGGCGCCAGGUGGCCGGUGGCCGAGGCCGUGCCCGAGGACGGCCCGCUGCAGCCCCGUCCCCGGGGAAUGGCGUCCCUCUGCGCAGCGCGGGAGGAGGGCGAGAGAAGAGGUCCGGGGGCCCCGUGCCUGCUGGCCCCGGCCGCGGCCGCGGCCCCGAGACCCCCGCAGCUGCAGAGCUAAUGUCUCAGAGGAAAUUUGAGGAAAUCAAGAAAGCUAAUCAAGCUGCAGCCAAAAAACUUGUUGAAGAACAUUUUAGUUCUUCAUCUGAAGAGGAAGGAGAUGAAGACUUUGAAGGGAAACAGGGAAAAAUAGUUACUAAAACAUUUAUAACCUACACUACUCAGACAGAUGGAGAUACACGUGAAUUAGAGCGAACAAAACAAUAUGUAAAUGAAGCUUUUCAAGCAGGAGCUGUGACAUGCUUAAUUUGUAUUGCUUCAGUGAAGAGAAGCCAAGCAGUUUGGAGCUGUUUGGGAUGUUUCAGUAUAUUUCACAUGCCUUGUAUCCAGAAGUGGGCUAAAGAUAGCCAGUUUCUUCUGUCUUCUCUGACAGAUGAUGAUUUUGGAACGAGAGAUUAUCCUUGGCCUUGUCCAAAAUGUAGGUUUGAAUACAAACGAUCAGAAACACCUAGUAGGUACUAUUGCUAUUGUGGAAAAGUAGAAGAUCCACCUUUAGAUCCAUGGCUCGUGCCUCACUCAUGUGGCCAAGUAUGUGAGAGACAGUUUAAACCACCUUGUGGCCAUAAAUGUUUACUCUUAUGUCAUCCAGGUCCUUGCCCUCCUUGUCCAAAGAUGGUGACAACUACAUGUUACUGUAAGAAAGCAAAAUCCAUCCCUCGUCGAUGCAGUGCCAAGGAAUGGUCUUGCCAACAGCCAUGUGGGCAGAAGUUGCUUUGUGGGCAACAUAAGUGUGAAAAUCCUUGUCAUGCAGGAAAUUGUCAACCUUGUCCACGGGUCAGUAGACAAAAAUGUGUCUGUGGCAAAAAAGUAGCUGAAAGAAGUUGUGCAAGUCCGUUGUGGCACUGUGAUCAAGUAUGUGGAAAAACAUUGCCAUGUCGUAAUCAUACCUGCGAGCAAGUUUGCCACAUUGGUGCUUGUGGAGAAUGUCCUCGAUCUGGGAAAAGAUUCUGUCCAUGUCAGAAAUCAAAGUUUUCUUUGCCAUGUACAGAAGAUGUACCAACUUGUGGAGACAGUUGUGACAAAGUCCUGGAGUGUGGAAUUCAUAGAUGCUCACAACGUUGUCACCGAGGUCCUUGUGAAACAUGUAGACAAGAAGUGGAAAAGCAGUGUCGCUGUGGGAAGCAUACAAAACGAAUGCCAUGUCAUAAACCGUAUCUGUGUGAAACUAAAUGUGUUAAGAUGCGUGACUGUCAGAAACAUCAGUGCAGGAGAAAGUGUUGCCCUGGGAACUGUCCACCUUGUGAUCAAAACUGUGGACGGACUUUAGGAUGUAGAAACCAUAAGUGUCCGUCUGUCUGCCACAGAGGCAGUUGUUAUCCAUGCCCAGAAACUGUAGAUGUGAAAUGCAAUUGUGGUAACGCAAAGUUGACAGUGCCCUGUGGUCGAGAACGAACCACAAAACCACCCAAAUGCAAAGAGCUGUGCAGUCGACCACCAACAUGUCAUCAUACAAGCCGAGAGAAACAUCGCUGUCACUUUGGUCCUUGUCCACCUUGCCAUCAACCUUGCAAAAAAGUUUUGGAGAAAUGUGGUCACUUGUGUCCUGCUUCAUGUCAUGAUCAAGCAUUAGUAAAGCAGACUGGCCGGCACCAGCCUACAGGACCUUGGGAACAGUCCUCUGAACCAGCAUUUAUUGAGACUGCAUUACCUUGUCCUCCAUGUCAAGUUCCAAUUCCUCUGGAAUGUCUUGGGAAACAUGAGGUGAGUCCACUACCAUGCCAUGCUGUAGGGCCCUACUCCUGUAAGAGAGUUUGUGGAAGAAUCUUAGAUUGUCAAAAUCACACAUGCUUGAAAGAAUGCCACAAAGUAACUGAAGUUGAUGGCUACACUAGCAAAAACAAGGCUGGCCCAGAAUGCCUUCGCUGUGAAGAAGGAUGCUCCAAGUCACGGCCAUUGGGUUGUCCUCAUCCAUGUGUUUUACCAUGUCACCCUGGAGAAUGUCCUCCUUGUGUUCAGAUGCUUAGGAUAAAAUGUCACUGCAAGAUCACAAGCCUGUAUGUGGAAUGUAGAAAAAUAACCACAGCUGAUGUAAAUGAAAAGAACCGCCUCAGUUGCUGCAAAAAUCAGUGUCCGAAAGAGCUUCCUUGUGGUCAUAGAUGCAAAGAGAUGUGUCAUCCUGGUGAAUGUCCCUUUAAUUGCAACCAGAAGGUUAAACUUAGAUGUCCUUGUAAAAGAAUAAAAAAGGAAUUGCAGUGCAGUAAAGUACGUGAAAAUCAGGUUUCUAUAGAAUGUGAUACAACAUGCAAGGAAAUGAAGCGGAAAGCAUCUGAGAUAAAAGAGGCAGAAGCUAAAGCUGCUCUUGAAGAGGAAAAACGAAGACAACAGGCUGAACUGGAGGCUUUUGAAAACAGAUUGAGGGGUCGUCGGAAGAAGAACAGAAAAAGAGAUGAAGUGGCAAUUGAGCUAUCAUUUUGGCAGAAAUACAAAUAUUAUUUUCUUCCGGUGUGUGGAGUUGCAAUGGUAGUGUUUGCAUGGUACAUCACCUAUGAUACAGACUAAAUAAAAUGUUUCAUCUUUUAAUAUACCUCAGAUUGAAUUUAGAUAAAUUGUUAGUUUGGGUAUCUUGGACACUUUGUAUUGUAGAACAUAAUAUAUGUUCAUUCUUCUCUGUAUUCUCCUCCAGCUGUCCUUAGAAGUACAGAAUGCUAAGCUUUACCUUAAUUAGUAUUCUAGAAAGGGCAGUAUAACACUGUUUAAAGUAAAAGCAUGACAAAUUGUGAAGUAUUUCAUAAGGCUGAGCUAGAGACAAUUCCGUGUUUGUCAUUCACUGUGCUUCUUUGUAUUAGUUGUUUCAUUUAAUAUUUCAAACAAACAACUUUUUGGAUAUUUUAAAAUUCAAAUGAAAUUAACUGAGCCAUAUGUGUAGUAAAAGGAAUAUUUCUCGGUGUUUCAAUGUAGUACUUUUCUUGAUCAUGUAACUUUGUAUUUUUUAGAAAAACUGAUUCUCUAUAAAAGACCCUUAAAUUGUAACAUUAAGCUUUAUUAGAUUUCAGAAGUUGGUGAGGAAUUUUUAUCACUGAAAUGAAUUUCAUUGUGUUCCUCAGAAAAGAUAGCUGUUUCAACAAAUGCCAGGCUGAGUUCCUCAUGUAUGACUGUUUUCUGUACAGGUAGCUUUCAACGGAAGUUGGCAUAUUUUGUAAAGCUUGUAUGUAUCUUUUAAAGAUAAUAAUAAAAGCAAAGCUAAUAUUUAUGAGCAAUAUGUGUUGAGCACAGGGUCGAUUUAUGGAACUGAUUCUCAUUUUUCUUUACUGCUAUGUUGGUAGGCUAGAAGUGAUUCUUACGAAAGCAAAUCAGUGAAUAUCAGCCAAUUUUGUUGGAAUUGUUGUCAUUUUAAGUACUUUUGCUAUUUUGUAUGAUUAAUAUUUUCAUUAAAACUUUUCAUACUAAAAUCCUAAUUAGAAUAUUUGUUAUUAUUUAAAAGAUCCAGGAACCUUUACUUGUAGGUUAGGGAUUAGUAUUAAUGCAUAAAAUUUAGUGUAUAUUUGAUGCAGAAUUCAGUAACUGAUACUACAAAAGUGGUACAGGUAUAUUUUUAAACAGGAAUCCAAAGGGAUAUUGUAAAAUUUUUUGGAUUUACUUGACAAAGGUUUGAAAAACCUUUGUCAUUCUUUAUAAUCCAGUAGUAGCAGGAGUGCAGAAUUAAGGGGCAUUCAUUGAUUGAGUUUAUGUUUUGAUUUGAGUACCUUUUGUAUUUUGUAGCUUUCUUAGUAGUGCAAUUACUAGGUUGGUAUAUUGGAAAAUAAAUCAGAUCUAUACACUCAAAAUAGGACCUGCUGUAACCAAAACGAAUCAAAAAUUUGAAUGGCCAAGGAUUUGUGUAGGAAUCUAUUUUCAUGUAUAUCAAAAUGUUGGCUGAUUAAACAACCCCGAAGCCUAAUUUAUGUUAGUUGUUGGACUUCCAUUCAUGUUGUCUCCCCCACUACCACACACACACACUAAGGAGAAUUUAUUGAGCAGAGGAAGAAGAUUAAAUGAAUGAUAAACUGAA